UCGCCAGGUGGCUCUUCGACGCGUUCGCGACCGGCAAGAAGAAGGUGCUGCGGUCCGCGGAGCUCUUCCAGUACGCGACCCUGAUCGGCUACGACGGCCCGGGGGAAGGCGAGGCCUGGCUGAGUCACCUGGACGACCUGUGCCGGCGGCUCGGCACCACUCCAUCGAGGACCAACAAAGACGCAGACGGGGUGACCCUCUCGCAGUUCUCGGCCGGCCUGGGGCCAGACGGGCCGCUGGCCACCAGCGGCCCCGGGUGCGAGGUGCUCCUCGCCCUGCUCGGGCACCGGGAGUGGCUGGCCUGGAAGGCGUUCCGCCUGCUCGACGUCGACGGGGCCGGCAGCCUGGGCGCCGCCAAGCUUGCGCCGUUCCUGGCCUUCUGCGGCUCGUCCGAGGCGCGCCAGCUGCACGGGCUGGGCCCAGGCGACAGCGUGGACUACGAGAGGUUCGUGCAGAUGCUGGACCACCCCCCGCAGUGGCCCAACUCUGCGCUGCAGGCUCUGCUCUCGCAGCUGGACUGUCGGGAGGAGCUGGUGGCCCAGCUCUUCCGGACGCUGAGCCUGUACCAAGAGUCCAGGCAGCCCAGACCCGCGUCGGGCGUGCUGUCGUCUCUCCUCCUGAGCCACCCCCACAGGGUGUACUCCGAGCAGCUGCUGGUGUACGCCGAGACCUUGGAGUUCGCGGGCAGCGACGAGGAGUGGGGCGAGGAGUGGGGCAACAUCUGCCGGACGUACAGCAUCGGCCCCGAGUCCGGGCUGGCCCCCGAGCAGUUCGUGCGGAUGGUCAACGACGACGACAGCCCAGGCUCCGCCCUCCCGUGGCAGCUGCACCUGUCCCUCAGGAGACUGGGCUGCCGCUGCGCGCUGGUGCGGAAGCUCUUCCGGCACCUCUGCGACCGAGACCGCCCAGAGGGCCGCAUCGGGCCACACGGGCUUCUCAAGCAAGCCCGCCGGUGCGGCUUCAAUGAGGAGGAUGAUCAGUGGGGUCCUGUGUACGAAGGCCUCGGCGAGAGGUUCGGGUGGGACUGCACGCAAGGCGUGCCCCUGAAGGACUUCUUGCGGAUGCUGGAGCAGGAGGACUGCGAGUUGCGGUAUGACGACGGGGCCCUGAGGGACCUCUUCGAGAUCAUGGACCGCAGAGAUUUGGUGGUAGAGGUAUUCAACCUGAUGGAUGCCAACGGUACGCACAGGCUCGAGUCCGACGAGAUGCGCCAGUACGCCGACCACCUUGGCUUCGACGGCGACGACGAGGUCUGGGAGCAGGACUACCUGCAGCUCCUGGGGGAGCAGGGGUGGGCUGGCCCCCCCGACCUUGAGGAGUUCAUGGCGGCCGUGGACGACGAUGGCAGCCCCGUGUGUGCCACCGACCGCGAGCUGCGGCUGCUCCUGGCGAAGAUGGGGAGGCCGGUGCUCUCGACGCUGCCCGGGCAGGCCAGGCGGCGGCGCGCCCCGGGCGGCCCCAGCGUCGAGGACUCCGACGAGGACGAGCUGCCCCCCGCCGCCGGGCGCCAGCCGCCCGUUCCCGAGCCCGCGCAGGCCUUCACGCCCCGCUGGGGCGAGGAGGACGAGCCUGACGAGCCCGACGAGCCCGAGCCCGACGAGCCCGACGAGCUCGCCGCGCCCGCCGCGCCCGGCGGCGAGGCGCCGGUGUGGCGCUACCGGCGCCCGCUGGGCCCCACGGCUCUCGGCUACACGCGGAGGCGGCCGUGGGUGCCCUUGGCGCCGCGGGCGUCGCCCGGCGACGCCCCUCGGAGCCCCAGCACGGAGGCGCUGAGCCCUGGAGGCGCCUCGGAGGCGCCGAGCCCCGGAGGCGCCUCGGAGGCGCGGGCGCGCACGACCUCGCCGCCCGCCCCGGCGCGGCCGCGGCGGCCCGGCGCGGCGCCGCGCGGGCGCGCCGGCCCCGGCGCCAGCUCGCCGGCCCCGCGGGGCGCCACCGGCCCGUCCGUGGCGGUCGCCGGGCAGGCGGCCCCCCAGGGCCGCCGCUGGCCCACGCCGGGCGACGGGCCGCGCGUGCUGGCCAGCGGCGCCAGCGACGUGUUCGGGCACCUGUUCCGCGACGCCGAGAAGCGCUCCAGGUUCCGCAAGAGGGUGGAGGAGGAGCGGGUCCGCGCCCAGCAGGAAGAGGCCGAGGAGUUCCACAGGAAGUUUCCCGUCGCGGAGUCGAGGGAGGAGGCGGAGAGGAGGUGCGUCCGGCUGUACGACACGGGCCUCCGCUCGAUCGAGGAGAGGGAGCUCAAGGCAAGGAAAGCCGAGGAGGCGGCGUUAAAGAAGCACUGCACCUUCCAGCCGAAGAUCGGUGACCCGAAGCACGUUCUCAGUAACCAUGCCCGAAAGGGUGGCAUGGCCCGGCUGGAGCAGCUCCACAAGAUGCACGGCUCAAUUCUUGGUAGGCGUGCGGAACAGAAGGAGUCGGAGGAGAAGCAGGAGCUCCUUGCUCUACAGGAGCGCAGCGUGCACCAGAAGGCGGCCGGGAGCAGCGUGUCCAGGUGCGGCGAUCUCUACAAGUCCGCCCUCGAGCUGCAGGCGAAGCGCAAGAAGCUCCAGGAGGACAAGGAUAAGGAGCUCGACAAGGCGCUGGAGCAGAUGUCGAUUCACAGUCGCCCGAUCGGCCCCCUGACCGCCGAGGAGAUUGCCCACAAGCACCACGAGGUUGCAUUUGGUAAGCACCAGGAGAAGCUUAAGGAGCUCAAAGAGAGAGUCGAGCGCCAGCAAGACUACCUUGGCAAACUUGCGGCCAGUGGAGACCCCAGCGGGGCUCGCGGCAAAGCGCCCGCAAAGGAGCUGCGGAGGCUGACGUUGCUCUACGCCGACGCCUUCCGACGCCUGGAGGCCUGCCGGGUUCAGAGGGAGAAGGAGGAGCAGGAUGAGCUGCAGCAGUGCAUGACGGUCCACAGGGCAGCCCUGGAGCGCUGUCAGUGGUCGGAAGAGUAUCAGAAGCUCGUGUCCUCACACCUUCACAAAGGCGGCGGCGACAAGGGCAGGAAGUUCCUCGCCGAGUUUGAGACGCCGCCGGGCAUGCUGCCGAGCCACGCGGGCACACCCGAUGCCCACAGUCAGCGUCAGGGUGCAGCGCAGGGCGAGCCGCUGGGGGCGUCGAGCCCCGGGCUUGCCUUCCCGUGGAAGCCACGCGGCAUCCGGAGGUCGCGGAGCUGGCACCCCGGGUCUGCCGCGCUGCUCUUCAAGACCCUGGGCCUGGACCCGGAGAUGCAGGAGGGCGAGCCUGCCCUGGAGUGGUGCGCGGACGCCGCGGCCGACAGCGCCGGGGUGGCUGGCGAGAGCCCCCGCAGCCCGGGCGCAGCGGUGGGGCGCUCGAGCCCGCGGUCGGCGCCGGCAGCGGCUCGGGCGCGUGCCGCGAGGCAGGCCGUGCAGGCCGCAGCCAGGGCGGCAGAGUCUGCGGAGGCGGCCGCCGCGGAGUCGCUGCCGGUCUUCACGGGCGCGGCGGCGCGCGCGGCAGGGCAGCGAGGCCGCUGGGGCCGCCCACAGCCUGCGGCGCGGGAGAGCACUCCGCCGCGGACCGCGGCGGCAAUGCCGCGCAAGGCCGUGGCGCCGCAUGCCGCGAGGAACAGCACGCCCCCUCCAGCUGCGCGGAAGCAGGUCACCCCCAGGGACCGCUCGCCACAGCCCUUCGCAGCUGCUCUCCGUUUCUCGCCCGCGACGGGCAGGGACCGCACGCCGCCGCCCUUGUCGAGCGCAGCCCAGAGUUCGCCCGAGGCGGUCAGGAUCCGAGCGCCCCCGCCGUGGGCAGGAGUCCCCACGGCUGCCACGCGCGAUCCGACACCGCCACCAGCCGCCCGGGGCCAGACACCGCCACGUGCUGGCGCAGAUGCUCGGGCGGUGGCCCAAGGGCGCACCCCGACGCCAUCUGCGGCAAGGAGCCUCACGCCCACGCGGCGCGUCGUUCGCGCAGCCCCUGCACCCGUCUCCGCAGCGGAGGGCUCGCGGCGGUGGUCAGCUCCUGGCAGGGCCCGCACGCCGCCACCCACAGCGGCGGCGCUGGCGUCCACGACGCGCAGCGGCCCCGCGACCCCGGCCACGGUGCGGGAUUCAACGCCAACGUCCGCGCGGCGCUGUCGCACCCCGCCCCCGACAGCAGCGCGCAGCGGUCCGCCAGGCGCUACGGCGCUGGCAGGGGGGCUGCCACCGUACACGCCGCCACUUUCGGCUUCGGCAGAGGGCGAACGGCCAUUCGACGGCUUCUGGACCCACGCCUCAGACCCGGGGGGUCGCAUCGAGGUCAUCGAAGGCGGCACCCUGCACUGGCAGGAGGGCGAGCAGUGCACGAUCUCGCCCAAGGGCCCGGCGUCCUUCGAGAUCGAGCUUGAGGGUGUGACGCACACGGCGGAGCUCAGAGGCGGACGUCUGGUGUGGGAGGACGGGGACACGUGGGUGCGAGUGCACUACGACUCCGCCAGCCUGAACGAGGUCUCUGCGGAGCUCCACAGCGCCUCGUCGGGCCCUGGUAAGCAUUCUUUCCCCCGCCCGAGCAACAUCCCUGGCGUGAUCCGGAGACUGGGCCUCUCGCCCGCGCCCGCGCCCUCGGCCGCGGCGCUGCUCGGCGACAGGAGGCCACCGCCGCCUGGCUGGCACUGAUCGCUGCGGCACUGCGGCCUACCUGGAGGCGCCGCCGGGCGCGGGCCGCGGAUGCCGCGGUGCAUCCGCGCCUGCGCGGGCAGCGCCGUCGGCGCCGGUGCUGCAUGCCGCGUCUCUCUGGCCAGUGCGCUCUGCCAGCAGCCGACCGCCCACGGGGCGGGCAGUCGGCCGAGGCGUGCACAGCGCUUCGCGGGGGGCACGGCGCCAGGUCCCUCCGCGGGCGUCCCGGGGCCCCGAGCGCGGCCAGAGGUCCAGGCACCCGCAGGCUGGGCCGUCGAGCCCAGGGCCCUGCGGGCGGGGCCCCCAGACGUCAAAGCGGGCAAGGGGUUCGGUGGGCACUCUCGGCGCCGAGCUCCCCUCCAGGUGUGGGCGGCGGAGGGGCGAAGCACUGUCACAGGCCAGUGGACCCAAGGGGUCGGCGCAGCAAGCGGCCCUGCGCAGCGGCCGUGUAUCCGUUUCACAGGGGUCAUGCAAUCUGCCGACGCUUUAGCAGACUAUGGCGUGCCUUGGCCGCUCGCGGCUGCGAACAAGGACCACCGAGAAACCGUGCCGCCCGAAUGGCAGUACAUGUGGGGGUGAGUACUUUUGUGGUUCUUGUCUUGCUGCCCUGCCGCGAGCUGGAGUUGUAUCUUUUUCUGUUGUCUCAGCUCUCCUGGCGUAGAUCCGUUCCGCUGGUCGUUCCCACGAUGUUUUCCGGCGCUCUGCCCACAUACCAGGUCUGCAGAGGUGUCAUCACAGCGGGCACGUUUCAAAUCGGUGGGUCUCGAAGUGCUAGGCUGUAGAGUGUCACAUCAUUGUGAAAGUACAAAGGUUGCCGUCGUCCGUAGUCCUCCUUGGCUUCUCUUCAGUUGCGGUGUUGGCAGUGGUGGCGUGGAGGACCACCUGACAAGUGGG